GGGGACGCGCUCGAGCCCACACCACGCGACAGGGACAAGAUGGCGAUCCCUUCAGAAUCAGAGGAGUUCCUGCCGUGAAGGAGAGGCUCGUCACCACCAUGCCUUGGGACGGUCCCAUUUCUCAGCUCACCAUGAUAACCAUGGUGAUAUGAAGCUGUUGUGACACGUUGACGCACACUCAGACUCGCACACGUAGAGUCAGUUGUUGACUGACGCAGCCAGCUCGGCGGGCCGGUGUGUGUAAUGGACAGGUGUAAGCAUGUGGGGCGGCUGCGGCUCGCCCCGGACCACUCCAUCCUCAACCCCCAGAAGUGGCACUGCGUGGACUGCAACACCUCCGAGUCGAUCUGGGCCUGCCUGGGCUGCGCUCACGUGGCGUGCGGGCGCUACAUCGAGGAACACGCUCUGCAACACUUCCAGCAGCAGCACCACCCGCUGGCGAUCGAGGUUAAUGAACUUUAUGUGUUUUGCUAUCUGUGCGACGACUACGUGCUGAACGAUAACGCCACAGGAGACCUGAAGCUGCUUCGUAGUACGCUCAGCGCCAUCCAGAGCCAGCGCUAUGAGGUCACCACCCGCAGCGGGCGCACCCUCCGCUCUGCCAGCGCGGCUCCCGAUGCCGUCAUGCCGUGCGGCGCCCGAGAGCUGCAGCUUAGGGACGAGGACAGGAUGUUUACUGCACUUUGGCAUCGCCGCAGGGCGCUGAUGGGACGCAUUUUUCGCUUCUGGUUUGGACUGACUGAUUGUGGAAGGAAGAGGGAGGAGGAGGAGAGACGGAGGGAGGAGGAGGAGGAGCAGAAAAGGGAGGCGAGGGAGAGGAGGCGGGCUCUGAAGAGGCAGCUACAGGAGGAGCUGGAGAACGCCCCCAUCAGGAAGAGUCGGCGUCUGAGGCGGAAGAGCCAGAAAGUAGCCGAUGCCGCGAUCACGACACCAACAACGAGAGCACGCAACAAGAUAAAACCCCCUGAGCCCCCAUCAGUCCCCCACAGGCCGAGGACUCGAAGCCCCGUCACUGCUACACCCAGGAGAUCUGUAAGGACUAAAAAGGUCCAACCUACUCCCAGGACCAGGAGCCAGUCCUCUGUCACCAAAUCUAAGCCCAAGACUCCCUCAGCAACCCCCCGCUCUGCUCCGACUCCUGCUCGCCGCAAGCAGAGCACCAGACAGGGCGGCUCCCCUUUCAAACGGCGUCCCACGGUCACUCCUGGAGUGACCGGCCUGAGGAACUUAGGCAACACGUGCUACAUGAACUCCAUCCUGCAGGUUCUGAGCCACCUGCAUGUUUUCAGGGAGUGCUUCCUGCGCCUGGAUCUGACCCAGGCGCUGGAGCUGCUGGCCUCCGCUGUCCACGGCCAGCUGACAGGAAAGACCUCGUCCCAGUCCCCUCUGGUGAUGAGGAAGGGACCCCAGGCCAGCUCGGGGUCCGGGGCGGGGCUGAGCGGCGGGGCCUCGAGGACCCGCAGCAUGGAGUUAAUCCAACCCAAAGAGCCCAGCUCCAAGCACAUCUCCCUCUGCCACGAGCUGCACACCUUGUUUCAGGUCAUGUGGUCGGGGAAGUGGGCGCUGGUCUCGCCUUUCGCCAUGCUCCACUCGGUGUGGCAGCUGAUCCCGGCGUUCAGGGGAUACGCUCAGCAGGACGCGCAGGAGUUCCUGUGCGAGCUGCUCGACAAGGUGCAGCACGAGCUGGAGAGCACCGGGAAACACACCACCAGCGCCGGAGUCCCUCAGACGCAGAAGAGACUCAUCAAGCAGGUGCUCAGCGUGGUCAACACCAUCUUUCAUGGCCAGCUGCUCAGCCAGGUGACGUGUCUGGCCUGCGAUCAUCGCUCCAACACUGUGGAGCCGUUCUGGGAUCUGUCUCUGGAGUUCCCUGAGCGCUAUCACAGUAACAGCAGGGAGUCGGCCGCUCAGGUGUCGUGCCAUCUGACUGAGAUGCUGGCCAAGUUCACAGAGACUGAAGCUCUGGAGGGGAACAUCUAUGCCUGUGACCAGUGUAACUCUGCUCGAAGGCGGAGCUCCUCCAAACCGGUCAUCCUGACAGAAGCACAAAAACAGCUGAUGGUCCACAAACUGCCUCAGGUCCUCCGGCUUCACCUCAAACGCUUCAGGUGGUCUGGGCGAAACCACCGGGAGAAGAUCGGAGUCCACGUCAGCUUCGACCAGCUCCUCAACAUGGAGCCGUACUGCUGCAGAGACCCCUCACCCAAAGUCCCGCCCGCCUGCUCCAGUCCCAGCAGCCCCGGCUCUACGGGCUCACCGCGCCCUAAGCACUUCCUCUACGACCUCUCCGCUGUGGUGAUGCAUCAUGGGAAGGGCUUCGGUUCUGGCCACUACACCUCGUACUGCUACAACACAGAAGGAGGCUUUUGGGUUCACUGUAAUGACUCUAAACUGAACGUGUGUUCAGUGGACGAGGUCUGUCGCGCUCAGGCCUACAUCCUCUUCUACACACAGCGAGUUACUCAGGACAAAGACCGGCCGCUAUAGGACCACAACCCCCCUCCCUCCACCUCCUCCACCUCCUCCUCCUCGAGAAGAUAUCGGCACAGCCCCACCUUCGCUCUUUCUCUCUGUCUUUGGGCAUUUUGAUCCGGGGAGGACGGGCGUUUUUUUUAGUCUAUUUUUCUAAAUAAGGAAAAGAAAAGAGAGGAAGGACUCUUUUUAAACCUGGUUCUGCUUUGUGAACUUUUUGUAUAUGCUGUUUAUAUGUAGGUAUUUUUUAAAAAGAAAGGUGACAUUUGUGAUUUGUGUACAGUUUGUAUUUUAUAAAAAAAAUAGAAAGUAUCAGCCAAGAUGUGUCUCAGUAGCAGCCAACAGACUGUGACCGACACCACUUUAAGUGUCCUCUACAGGUCGGACAGGUGUUCUCACGUCUGCCUACCUGGUGGAUCCAUGAUUGUAAAUGCUGUUUGUUUUGAAUCAACUGUUCUCAGUCACUUUAGAUAGUCGUCACAGAACUGGAUGUAGGGUUUUUAAAUUCUCAGCUAGUAACAUGGCCUCCCUGUUUUCUACACAGGAGAACUUUUUAACACUUUCCUGCCAGGAAUGCACUAAUUUCUACAGAUUAGGUUAUCAGCGUCGUAUUUUCACUUUGGUUCGUAUGUGUGGAACGAGGAGAGCAUGAAAUGCAUUUUUCACUCUGAAGUACUCCUGGGUCUGUCAGGGAAAAGUUGGCAGACCUCAAAGCCAAAGCCUCGGGAGAAGUGAAUGGAAAGACUUCUCAGCAUUUCCAAAACGGUUCAACAUUUGCUGGGUUUAUAUUUUCUUUCCUCUGACUGAGUGGGGGGAAAGUUUCCAGUGUUUUUUUUCUCUCAAGCUGAAUGCUGCCACCUCUCUGCUCCAGAAUGUAAUUCUCUUCAGCGUGAACCAACCCCAACCCACCGGAGACAUACUCGUGUUCUAGAAAAGUGCCCUUUUGUUGAGACAGGAGAUAUAUUUUUAUAGUCCAUGUUGAUUCAGCAAAGUGGAGCCUGCUCAGCUGCAGUCCCACUCACACCAGCAUUUAGAUUAUGAAUGUAUUUUUAUACAAUCCUUCUCAGAGGCUUUAGAAAGGAGGCCAUCGACUGUUUUAAAGGUUUUAUACAAACACUGAUUGUUCAAAAACCACCAGCAGAAAAAGACACAUUUCACUGUUCUCCCACCUUGAAGUCGGCGAGUGUAUAUACUGUAUUUUAUUUACAUUCUGUUCAGUACAAGAUCCAUAUUAUACCGGAUGUCUGCAGUGUAUACAGAUUGUGAUAUUUAUCUCCAUACUGGAGACGUUGUAAAAAAAAAAAAGAAAGAUGAAUUUAUUUUCCGCCUGAACCAUGUCCCCUCUGACGGAACCAUCAGAGGAACUCAAAGCACACUUCAAACUGGUUUUUUCCUCCAUUGACUGAUGUUGUGACACAUUGUUGGCAUUUUUUGGUUACUACUCCAUGGAUGUGUGUGUGUUUGUGUGUGAGUGUGUGUAAAUUUAUGAAAGUUAUACUAUGCAAAUUGUUACCUCAAUUUUUUCUAGAGAAAAUUACCUCAAUAAAUGAGAAUAUUUUUUCAUUUUUCUACAAAAGA